CAUUAUCUGGAACCACAACAAUAGUUUCUUUCUUUCUUAAAAUGUUGAAAUCUCUUGGGCAGAGCGAUGGCCAGCAGCCACAGCUGCAACUCCUUUGGGAGGACAAGGAUGUCAAGUUUGACACGCCGCAUCUGCACACUCGUUUACGCACUGGAGAGAAGGUGCUGGACUACAUCUACCACAUCGAGGACAGCAAGGGUAAUCCUGGGGACACGGGCCGCCUAAUGGUCACCAAUCUUCGAGUGAUUUGGCAUUCCUUGGUGCACAAAAAGUACAAUUUAUCCAUUGGCUUUGCGAGGUUCGGAAACACCAAUACGCGAAUCGUUCACAUGCACUCCAAGGGCCGGAUGCCCAGUCAGGCAUUGUACAUUCUGGCCAUCAGCAAUGAGACGCGUUUCGAGUUCCUCUUCACGGAUGUGUCCGGCGAAACGGCGCGUCGUGAUCAGCCCAUCUUUGCCAGCGUCUUUGAUGUGUACCAAUUAUAUCAACGGACGUAUCUCUAUCGCGACCUGAAGCUGCGUGGAGCCAUUGUGCUCUCUGGCCAACUGAUUAUCCUGCCCGAUGAGCAGGUCUACAGCCAGGUACAGGGCGUCUGGAAUCUAUCCAGCGAUCAGGGAAAUCUGGGCAGCUUUGUCGUCUCCAACAUACGUCUUGUGUGGUUCGCUGAUGCCAAUGAGACCUUCAACAUCAGCCUGCCAUAUCUGCAGAUUGAGAGCCUUCGUGUGCGAGAGUCCAAGUACGGGCCUGCAUUGGUCAUCCAAACAGCUGAGACUGGCGGCGGCUAUGUACUCGGCUUUCGCAUCGAUCCCGCCGAGCGGCUGAACGAUCUAUUCAAGGAGCUCUGCUCGCUGCACACCGUCUACAUAGAGCAGCCCAACUUUGGCAUCCACUACGAUGCACAGGAUGCGCGCCAGCGACUGGCGGAUGCCGCUGAGGAGGCGGCCCAGGCUACGCAAUUCAAGAUCGAGAAUUUCGAGGAGCUGGACGAGCGGCAAGAGCGCGAAAUCAAUACCAAACUGAAUAGCUAUCUGGCGGAGGGUUGUGUGUCGCACAGCAAUCCUCAAUCGGACAGGGAUCCGGUGUAUUGCAAGGAGCUGGGCUUUGCCAUGGAGCGCAUACGGGAGGGUUACAAGCUGCAGGAUUUGUGGAAUGUUAUGCCCACAAAAAUGGAGAUAUUCGAGGAAUAAUCAUCAGAAAUAUAAAUAUACAAAAGAGUUAACUGAAGGAAUGGCACAAAAUAUAUUUAGAUAAACAGAAAUAUAUUAUGGGAAUAAAUAGGAUUUCGAAUGGGAAUCAAAGAUUUAACCAAGGAAAGUACUGGGUACCGGAAUUCAGUACAAAAUCAAACAAAGUUCUGUCCAAGCCAAAGACAAUGUUAAUACAGAAAAUGAUGAACGUUUUCAUAAAUUAAAAUGAAAGGAUAACUAAAGAUUAAACACAAUUUACGGAAAUGUAUCUGCAAUUUUAAGGACUGUCAAGAAAUUAUUGAAUAGGACUCAAAGAUACGCUUUUUGGGGAACAGAAAAGGGAAAACAAAAUUUAAUCCGAACAUCAAAAAUUCAUAAUCUUGUAGUUAUUUUUUAGGGAUUUUUAUUGACGCAUACAACUCGCUGUGUGUUUAAGUAAUUUUGCAUUUGUUUGGAAUCUCUUGAAAUUGUACUUAGCUUAGGGCUAAUACUUGAUAAUUCGACUUGAUUUUAUGCUUUUUUUUUU